AUGGCUUGCGGUCCCUACACUUAUGUCUGUACUUUUCGAAUCUCUUAUCAGACUUUCCAGGUUUCAUCCUUUCCGAUUCAAUCCGAGAAGACCGUUCAGCUAAACUCUAACUCAGAUAUAACAGGUUUUUCAAUUAAGUUUUGACUUUCUUUGUUUUGAAAAAUUUUCUAUAUUAUUUUUGCGAAAUAAUUCAUGAAAUGAGAAUUUUGCAGAAGCCUCUCAGUUCAAGGAUUCCAAAAAUUCAACGCUAGAAGUAAGCUGAUUUUGAUGCUUUCUCAUUGCAAAAUUUUUAGGAAGUCCCUUCAAUAAUGGACGAAAUAGGCGUUCGGAAAGCCUUCCUAGAAGUAUCCAUUUUUCCGAAAAAGUUUUAAAAAUUAUUUGAGGUUCGCCAGGCGUAUGAGUAGGGACCGCAGGCCAAUUUCUAAAGUCAGUGAUAUAAAGUUGAAACCUAUAUGAAAAGAAAGAUGAUGGUAAAAGCUAACUGCGAAAAACAGAAAAGAAAAAAAUAUGAAAAAAAUGAAAAAAAGUUAUAAGCAAAAAGAGUGGCGAAAUCAGGGGGAACCAUUUUUGUGUAGAAACUUUCAGUCGCAGGAAAAGGGGCGUGUUUAUAGAUACCGCGCGCUCCUUGCUACGCGUAAAUUCACCCCGGAGAAGUUUCGAAAAAUAUUAACUUGAGUUUUUAAAUGAAAAAAAUUGGAGUUUUCAUAUUGAAUAUUUUUUUCCUAUUCAAUAUGGGCCUGCUCUUCGAGCACUCAGACUGCUGAAAAGUGAGUUUUGAAGAUUAUUUCGAAUGCAUUUCGUAAAAUAAGAGAACAGCUGACAAGAAUAUGUAUAUAUAGCUGAUUCACGGCCAGCUUGGGACGCUAAGAGGGCGUGUCCUGUCUGCGCUCUCCACGAGCCAGGCACUGUCUCGUGCAUUAUCGUCUCAGGACCCUUUUUUCAAUGGCUCAAGCCACCCGUGAAUCAGCUAUAUGAAUAAUCACUAAGUCAUUUUUCCAAAGACGUUUCGAUCGUUUUUUUACUUUUUGAUUUUUUUCACAUCUUUCAUUUUUUUCUCUGAACGAUGUGCGUCUACAUGGCGUGUACAUGGAUGAUUUUGUAGAUCUUUUUUUAAUGAGAUUCUGUAAAAAAACUCGAAAAAAUUAGCAAAAAGCGAAAUUUAAUAUUUCUGCUGCUAUAAUGGAUAUAAUUACGCUGGAAAGAAUUUCUAAUUGUAAAAGGAGUAAAAAAAUAUUACCUAAAAACGACAAUAAAGUAAUCAUAACUCAUUGGAAACGUUGAAUGAAAUACAAAAAAACAAUUUUUUUAAAAAUUUUCACGCUUUCGAAAAAAAUUUUGUCGCGGUGUCUGCGGGUUUCCAGCGACGCGCAACUUUAAUUUCAAUUGUGAGCUUUCAAAUUAACCAUACUUUUAUAGGGCCAUGCUUGGAAUUUUUAUUUUUUUAGAUAUGUUGUAGAGAAAUGUCUAAUCUUUGAUAUUAUAAAAUAAAAAAACUUGCCCAGAACGCUUUGGGCCGCUUUCAAAGCGUUACAAAAAAAAAAACGAAAAAUUCUAAGCUUUCCUAUGAACUAUAUAGUCGAUGAAAAAAACAUAGUUUUCUAUUUUUUUAAAAUUUACAAACAGCUGCAAAAAAACCGUUUGAAAAAUUUUUUUCGAAAAAUAAGGAAUUUCGAAAAAUCGCGAUUUUCAAACUGCGUAAUUUUUUUGAGGCCAACCAUAAAAUUUUUUUAUUUUUUUGCCAGAAAUAUGUAUUAUUAGUUUUUUUCGUAAUAUUCAAAAAAAUAAAAAAAGUUGCCCAGAAACUUUCAAGAAAAAAACAGGGAUUUUUUUAUCCGUUUUCGGCCACAAAUGCGUUUUAAAAAAACUGUCGUCAUGCAUUCCUAUUUCUCAUUUCUAAGUAUUUUUAAUUUAUGUAAGAUUGUUAAGCAUAGCUGAUUGUAUGUUUCCCCAAUUUUUCUCCCAAAUCGGUGCAAGAAAAACUGUUUUUAUAAUAUAAAAAAAGAACCAAAAUGCAACGAAAAUGACGGUUUUUUUGAACAGCGAAGUUAGCGUGGCUAUGCGGUCCCUACGUAUGAGAACAUCAAGAAAAAGUGGAAAGAAGCUCAAGAACGGAAGAAAGUAUUUUGUAAACAAUGGGAUCGAAAAACUCGGAAUUCUUUAAUUUCAGAACGUGGCUUCAGAUUCUGCCGACGUCAGAAGGUUACCAGAGUGAGUGAAUUUGAAGUCUCUGAAGAAACCAGAUGUUUAGACUUCCAAAGUUCUUGGGUGGAAAAGACUUGCAGAUGAUGGACAUCGAUUCAAUGGACGUGGGCAGCGGCCUCGACAAUCAAGCGGAAAUCGGGGCCGACUUGGAUGUUCCCAGCGAAUUUCUCGACAUUUCUGCGCCAAUUAUUCAGGCCGAAUCCAAUGAUGUUCAGUCAGAAUCACAUGAUUUCCAAAUUGCCCCAACAGUUCUGAAAAUGAUGACAGAUACUCCGAAAGAGCAUGUAUAA